AUGGGUGCCGGUCAGUCCACCGAAUAUAGUGGAGCAACACCAGAGGAGCUGAGCUACAUUCUUGCGGAACGUUUCGCAACCAAAUGUUUCACACCACUGGAGCUCACACAUUUCAAAGACAAUUUCUUUUCUCGCGCUUUGGAACAGGGCGGUCUCAAAUACUGGAAUGAGAAGACCUUGUCUGAUUUUUUGGGUAUUCCCGAUGGGAGCUUCGCCGACACUCACGAUAACCCCGUUGAUGCGGGACCGGUCCUGUUCCGUAUGGUGUCAUAUCUUGGUGCCUUUCCAUUCCAGAAUACCAUGGCUCCAAGUGUCUUGACCUUCGACGCGAUGGUGAAAGUUGUCGUGCUGCUGACCGAGCGCUAUGGGAAAGCCUUGCGGCGGGGACGCAAGGACCGGGUGAAGUUAUUGUUUGGUAGUCUUGCCGACGUUGGGAAGAAGGAUAUGGCACAUGAUGGUCAGAAGGCAGAGGGAGGUGACAACAAAUUGGCCAUAGAGGAGGGAGAAUCGGCUUUUGAUACUCAGACUCAUGCGCCUGGCUUCUCGAUCGAUCAACCGGCGAAUGAUGAUUAUGACGAGGAUGAAGAUGAUGACCUUGCUCUUGCUGCACUGGAAUCACUUGAUGCAAUUGAAGUCUUUAAGCACGAUCAUCGGGUUGAUCAGACAGUUUACGAAACCCGAAUAUCGAUUGAUACGUUUCGGCGGCUGUUGAUGCUGCUGCUUGUUAUUGCGCCUUUGAAACCUCUAGAAUCUGUGAAGACCUAUACUUCCGAUUUCGGCCCGGAAAGAGUCGAUGCAAUUCAGAAAGAGGCUGAUAGCAUUAUUGCCGCGUUUUCCCCGGAGGAAACCGAUGGGGGCAUCUCAUAUCGGGCUUUUGCCAGGACGGUCUCGUCGUCACUGCCAUAUCUCUUUGAUCCGUUAACACCGUUAUUCGAACAUCUUCUUUUCAGCAAGAAUUUGAACCUUUCUCAGAGACGACAGAGAGGAGCAGCUCCAGAGUCAGAGGAAGAGCCAAUGGAGAAACCUGAGGAAAUCCUUCCUCCCGCACCGGUAAUGCUCCCUGGCAGCUUCGAAUCGACGAUUCUGACCCCGACACUCUUGUCUCACUUGUCAUUUUUCCUGCCUUCCGUGUCAGCAUCUUUGAAUCUCUUUCGCAGUGGAGUUCGCCUUCACCCUGUCUUCUCCACUGCCGCCCAUGGUUCCUCACUCACCUCAUUUUCCCAUCAUGUCUUGACUUGGCAAUCCGCUUCUCUCCUCAUUCUACAGGGUGUAGUGGAAGGUUCUUCUGAGGAGCUUAUUACAAUAGGGGCAUAUCUACCGCAGUCCUGGAAGUCAUCCUCGUCUAGCAGCAGUAGUUCCUCAAAUCAACCCACCAGCCCCUUACCCUACCUCUUCCAGCUAUGUCCAACUCACCAAGUCCUCCAAGGGAACUCUUCCCCCUCUGUUGCUCAGAAAUCCAAUCUCCCGGCAGCUUGGUUCUCUACACAUUCCGGCAUUGCAAUCGGAUGUCAAAUCCCCCCCUCCUCCCGCACUCACCAAACACAUCCGAGUCCUCAUGGUGCAGGUAGUCUACUCAUCGACGUCAAUCUCGAAUCAGCUGAACUGCACGUUGCGCCGGUCCGUCAUGAUGGUGUCUUCCUGCCACCAAGUACUGCAUCUAUCAACGACAAGCCAACGAGGACCAGACUGGAUUUAUAUAGUCUUGAGAUCUGGGGUGUUGUCCCAGAUCCAGAGAUAGCAUCUUCUUCCGACCCAAACUCAAAUGCCGUUGAGGCGCAGCGUGCGAGAUGGGAGUUCGAAGCACGUGAAGCAGAAAGAAGACGCAAUGUCAAUCUUAAAGCUGGAGCAGGUGAUUCAGCAAAGGAGAGUGCUCGAUGGCUUUUGGAGACGGCGGGCAUUAUUGGAGAUGAAGCGCAACAAUAUGGGCAUUCUUAA